AUGGAACAGGAAACGAGAAGUGAAUCGCCCAUAGACACUAAUAGACAAGAGCAGUCCACGAAAACCUCGUUUUUGAUCGAAGACAUUUUGUACAGAGGACAACAGAACAGAAAUUUGAAGACUCCUGUAGCAGACACUAGGCGGAAUUAUGAAUAUGAAAGGCCUGAUCCGAAGCCCUAUUUUCCUGUACCAAAUGAAAUAAGACCUCACGUGCCCAGAGAAGGGUCGUACCUUCAGGUGGCGAUGGGGGCACUUGGAGCUUACUUACAAACGCCUAAUACUUAUAAAACUGUAGAAGCGCCGUAUUUUUUGUCACAAGGGGUCCCGUACCACGCACUGUUCACUCCCUCCGAGCUGUCACUCUCGGCCCUCAAGCACUGCCGACGGAGGAAGGCGAGGACCGUGUUCUCCGACCCUCAGCUCACUGGUCUAGAAAAGCGCUUCGAGUCCCAGCGCUACCUAUCAACGCCCGAGCGCGUGGAGUUGGCUGGAGCCCUCAAUCUGUCAGAGACCCAGGUCAAGACCUGGUUCCAGAACAGACGGAUGAAGCAUAAGAAGCAGAUGCGGAAGCAGCAGCAGCAGAGAGGGACAACAGGGAUGGAUUUCACCUCAAAACACGCGUCCCAUCUAGCAGAUAAUAGAAAGGCGGAAGACUCGAGGAUGUCCACAACUCACACGUCGGACUCAGAUUCGGAUCCCAGUGAUAGCGACAUCGACAUUGUAGGGGAGCCCAGCUACACAAGAUACCCUGGGGACACGUAGAUUUGGAUACAUCAGG